GAUUAUCUCUACUCUCUGGUUAAAUACUUAAAUGUGGUUGUGAACGAAGGAGGGACGAGAUUCUCAAAAUUAAGGUUGAGAUUUGGGUGUCGUUGUGUGAGUUGGGAGGGUGAUCGAAUGGGCUAUUAACUCGUAUUGACAAGUCGGUUGGGUCCACGGUUUGGUCCGGUAAACCGCGGUCUAGACCAGACCAGACCAAGAGAUCAAAACAUAAAAUAAACCAAACUAGACCAUACUUAACGGUCUACGGUCCAGACCAAACUGUGCGGUACAGUUUGGACCACGAUUUUUCUUACGGUCUGGUCUAUUUUCCCAGCCCUAACCGCAAUGAUGGUUUGAUGUCUCCGAAUCUCGAGGAAAUAAUUCUUGUAUCCAACGGUUUCCAAGUGGCUUAUACGACACUAAUCCCAGCACUGGAGGCUGGAACGACCGAGCGAAGCAAGUAGCCCGCCCUCUGUUCCCGCCAUAAGAGAAGACUGGAAACCGCCGGCAACAAGCCGAAACUGAACCGACGGAGGAAUCAAUACUCGUAGCUGGAGAGAUGUGUGGUAGAACUCGCUGUACUCUAGGCGCCGCCGACGUUCCUAGGGCUUGCCACCGCACCGGCGGCCCCUCGCAGAUGAUUGAUAUUGACCGGUACAGGCCGUCGUACAACGUUGGACCGGGGUGGAAUAUGCCGGUUGUUCGCCGGGACGUUACGUCGGACGGCGACGGCUACGCUGUUCACUGUAUGAAGUGGGGAUUAAUUCCUAGUUUCACCAAGAAAAACGAGAAGCCUGACUUCUUUAGGAUGUUCAAUGCACGAUCGGAGUCUGUUGCUGAGAAGGCUUCCUUUCGUCGUCUACUUCCUAAAAACCGGUGUCUUGUGGCAGUAGAAGGAUUCUUUGAGUGGAAGAAAGAUGGGUCUAAGAAGCAGCCUUACCACAUUCAUUUCAGGGAUGGCCGUCCUCUCAUAUUUGCUGCUCUUUAUGAUUCUUGGAACAACUCUGAAGGUGAGACGCUCUACACAUUUACCAUCCUUACAACUUCAUCAUCAUCAGCACUGAAGUGGCUACAUGAUAGAAUGCCUGUAAUCUUGGGGGAUAAAGAGGCGACUGACGCUUGGCUAAAUGGUGAUCCUUAUGAUUCACUGCUCAAGCCUUACCAACAUUCAGAUCUGGUGUGGUACCCAGUCACAUCUGCUAUGGGAAAAAUCGGUUUCGAUGGGCCUGAGUGUAUCAAAGAGGUACAAUUGAAGAAAGAGGACAAAGGCACCAUAUCAAAAUUCUUUGUGAAGAAGGAAGUCAAAGAACAAGAAGAUCCGGAACCAGAAGACGCGUGUAAGCCUCAUGAACCUGUGAAGAAAGAUCUCACAGAAAGCGUCAAGGAGGAAGUUGACAACGAAGACAAGUUAGACAUUACACCCUCCCCUGAAGUGGCAGCAGACGAGGAUAUAAAACCGAGCGUCGCUCCUGCUGUAGACACUGCUCAGAAGUCUAAAGUGAAGCGGGAAUUUGAUGACUCCAUUGAUGAAUACCAGACGAUAGCAAGGACACAUGAAAGCAAGCGGCUGGAGGUGGCAAGUCCGGCAGGGAAAAAGGCCAAGUCGAAGAAUGAUGGCGAUAAUAAACAGCCAACCCUCCUUUCCUUCUUCGGAAAGAAGUAGCCUAGUGAUAACAAAAUCUGAACUUGGCUUUUCGGCGGUGUACGUUUGCAAUGCUUCAUUUUGUGUGUGUGAAGAAGCAGCGGCAUUGUUUUCUUGGUCAGCUGUUUUGCUUGCUUGCUGGGGAGUAUUCCUGCUUGGCCGGCCGAUCAUGUUUGUAGUUUGACUUUCCUCCAUGUAUAUAUUAAGCGCAUUUCACUUUCACUUUCAUGUUUCACCAGCAGCAUUUCUAUGUAUAAUACAGUGCAGAAUCAACAAAUGAACUGUCCUGAACAUUGUUUCAUUGCUUCAGUCUCAGCUUCGCAGCAAACAAGCACACACAUAGAUCGAUUGCAUCGACUUAAUCAUUCGUUUCGUUCAAGAAUCGGACAGGCUCCCAUCUGACUUUAUAAAUAAGGCUACAGUCUGAGCUCUGAUUUGAAUUAUAGUUCCUGGAGGUGCUAACCAUUUCAAGCUACAGAAUAACAUGACCUGAUAAUUCUUAGCAGAAUGAAUUAAUACUUCACAA